AUUUGCCAUGUUCGUUUUUCACCCAGACAGAUGCUUUGCGUAAACCUAUUGAACGCUUUACUUGCAUGCCCAUAACUUGGUCCCUUUGAUAGUGACAAACAUUUGGACUUCCACAAAUUUGUCUCGUUGCAAAGGGCAUUUACUGCAAAUUUGUCGCAUUAUUGUGGGCAAAUCUCAAUCUCCCACUCCUUAAAUCACACCCCCUUUCAUUCAUUCUUCAUCCCCAAUUCUCAAUCACUCUUCCACCUUCUUUUUUAAAAUGGGUUCCGCUGAAAAUGAAGAACCAGGAACCCAAAUAUCCGAAACCACAAAAAGUUCAUCACUUUUCAGAUACAAUUCUCCUCUUGCACAAAUCGUUCUCAUUGGGUUAGUUUGUUUUUGUUGUCCAGGAAUGUUCAACGCUCUCUCAGGAAUGGGUGGUGGUGGUCAAGUCAACGCUACAGCUUCCAACAACGCUCUCACCGCACUCUACACAACCUUUGCCAUUUUCGGAAUCCUAGGUGGUGGAAUCUACAACAUCCUCGGACCCCACUUAACUCUUUUCGCAGGUUGUUCUACUUAUGUCCUCUACGCCGGUUCUUUCCUCUACUACAACCAUAAACAAAACCAGAUUUUUGCUAUAAUCGCCGGCGCCGAUCUUGGAAUCGGUGCAGGUUUACUAUGGGCUGCACAAGGUGCUAUUAUGACAUCUUACCCUCCGGUGAAUCGGAAAGGAACUUACAUUUCAAUUUUCUGGAGCAUCUUCAACAUGGGUGGUGUUAUUGGUGGUUUAAUCCCUUUUAUUCUUAAUUAUAACAGUGGUGAUAAAGCUGCUACUGUUAACGAUGGAACUUACAUAGGUUUCAUGGCUUUUAUGUCAUUAGGAACAGUUUUGUCUCUGACUAUUUUGCCAGCUAGUAAAGUUGUUCGUGACGAUGGAACAAAGUGUACAAAUAUGUUAUACUCAAAUGUUGCAACUGAGUGUAUGGAGAUCUUGAAACUGUUCUACAAUUGGAAGAUGCUUCUCAUGAUUCCUGCAGCUUGGUCUAGUAAUUUUUUCUAUACAUAUCAGUUUAAUCAUGUUAAUAAGACCGAGUUUAAUUUGAGAACAAGAGGAUUGAACAAUGUGUUUUAUUGGGGAGCACAGAUGAUGGGUUCAAUUGGGAUCGGAUACACUAUGGAUUUCAGUUUUAAGAGUAGAAAGAAGAGAGGGAUUGUGGGAAUUUGUGUUGUGGCGGUUCUUGGAAGUGCUAUUUGGGGUGGUGCAGUGGCUAAUCAGAUAAAACAUCGACGUGGUGAGAUAUUAGAUUUUAAGGAGUCUGGUUCUGGUUUUGCUGGUCCUUUUGUUUUGUACUUUAGUUUUGGGUUGUUGGAUGCCAUGUUUCAGAGUAUGGUUUACUGGUCCAUUGGAGCACUGGCUAAUGAUUCUGAGAUUCUUAGCAGGUAUACAGGAUUCUAUAAAGGGAUACAGAGUGCUGGAGCUGCAGUUGCAUGGCAAAUUGAUAACCACAAUGUGUCUCCGAUGUCACAGUUGAUUGUGAAUUGGGUGCUCACUACAUUAAGCUAUCCAUUACUGUUGGUUUUGAUGGUGUUGGCUGUGAAGGAGGACAAUAAGGAGGAAGAAGAAACUGGGGAAAAGAUUUCUCCUCCUGGUCACAAUGGUUCUGUAUCUGUCCAUUGACUUCUCUUUUUGUCUUGAAGAAUUAAAGAAACUUUUGGUUGUCUUCUUUCUAUUGUCAUUUAUUUCUUGUCGUUAACUUCAUGUGUUACUACCAUUGUUAGAAAAUGUCCAUGAUCUUUAUUUAA